AUGGUGCACAUGAAUGUCCUGGCUGAGGCUCUCAAGAGCAUCGGCAAUGCCAAAAAGAGAUGCAAAUGCCAGGUUCUUACUAGGCUGUGCUCCAAAGUCAUCAUCAGGCUUCUAACUGUGAUGAUGAAUCAUGGUUACACUGGCAAAUUUGAAAUCCUGGAUGAUCAUAGAGCUGGCGAAAUUGUUGUGAACCUCAUGGGCAGGCUAAAUCAGUGUGGCAUAAUCAACCCCAGGUUUGACGUGCAACUCAGAGAUCUAGAAAAAUGGCAGAAUAACAUGUUCCUGUCCUGUCGGUUUGGUUUCAUCAUACUGACAACCUCAGCUGGCAUCAUGGACCAUGAAGAAGCAAGAUGAAAACACAUAGCUGGGAAAAUGACGGAUCUCACG